UCGUUCCAACGAGUUUUCCUCGAGCCUUUUGGAGUCGAGUUCUGAACCUCCCUCAACAGACAACAUGAAGGUCCUGGCUUGCAUCGUCCUCGCCGUGCUGGUGGCUCUGGCAUCGGCCGAGGAGGCGAAGAAGGACAAGAGGUACGUGUCCGGCCUGGGCUACUCCGGCCUGGGCUACUCCGGCCUGGGCUACUCCGGCCUGGGAUACUCCGGUCUGGGCUACGGCGCCAUCCCCGCCGUCGGCUACUCCGGCCUGGGCUACUCCGGUCUGGGCUACUCCGGCCUUGGCUACGGACAUGGCCUGGGCUACUCCGCCGCCGACUACGGCUACAGCUACCCCUACGGCUACUCCGGCUACUGGUAACCUGUCCGCCGCCAGCAAGCUGCUCCUCAAUAGCUACCGGCAUCUCGGCUCGAAAACACCGCUGCUCUUCGGAAUCUCUUUCCAAGCCUCAAAAAAACACUAUUUGUGUUUUUUAGGCUCCUGUUAUUCAUUUUAUUUCUAAUAAAUUGAAAUUUUUUUCUCACAAAA